AUGGCGGUGGCAACUGUGCUGCUAUCUGCUUUGGCUGCCCAGCUCUCCCAGUCAGCCACUGCCCACUCAUAUGGGAUCUUCUGUAAAGGACUGAUGCGGACCCUCCUCAUCUUCUUUGAAUUGGCCUGGAAGUUCCGCAUCAAUUUCUCCUACCUGUACCUAGUGGCUUCCAUGAUGUUCAACGUCAGGCUACAGGUACACAUUGAGAUCUAUUAA